GAGAACCUGGCUUCCGGUCUGAAAUAACGACAACAUUGCUAGUGUCCAGAAGACGAAAAGGAGAACACAUUUCUUCAAGAAAAAUGAAAAAUAAUUGAAGACUUCAGAUUGUCCAGAUACAGCAUCUCCUGCUAUGUGCUGAGAUUGCUCCAAUUUGAAGAUUGAACUAACGGACUGACAUGGGCUUUGUGUACUAAGUCACUCAAUCUUCAGCCACUGCAACUAUCUGGCACAGGCGUGCACUGCCCCAGCAAGACAGACCAUUCAGAAUGGAAAUGGACACAGAAGUUAUUCCUCUCUGGCAGAAUAAGCCCCAUGGAUCUACCCGUAGCGUUGUGAGAAGAAUAGGGUCCACUCUUCCCCUCAAACCACCACAAAGGGCAUGUUUCCAGGAACUACCAGGCCUACCCCCUCUUCGACCUUUGGAUGGCCCCUUAGUUCCUACCUUGGCAGACAUAGCCUGGAUUGCUGCAGAUGAAGAGGAGACAUAUGCCAGAGUUCGGAGUGAUACACGUCCUUUUAGACACGAAUGGCGGCCCACUCCCCUCCUGGUCCUCCACAGGAAUUCAUCUGUACCCAACUUCCGCCGUGAGGGAAAAAAGGUAGAGGGAUUAAGGAAGCCUGGAAUGACCGCGCUGAACCGUACCACUGCCCUCCAGGACGAGCUUAGCAGACUCCGUGCACAAAUUGCCAAGAUUGUCGCAAACGAAUCCGGCUCCAACCCCCUUACCCCUGAUCUGCUGUCUCCUGAUGACACCAGCAUGAGUUUCUCUAUGGCACCUUUUGAGGCUGCGUCUUACCAGCCUGUAGCUACUGCUGCAGCCUCCUUUGUCAUCAGUGAUGUCACAGAGGAGGAGGAGGAAGAGGAGGUGGAGGAUGAGGAAGAGGAGGCGGAUGAGGAAGAUGUAGUCUCCAUCGUGUCAGAGCUAGUCCAUGACCCACUGCCGCCAGUCUCCAUGACUGCGUCAGCAACUUUUGACCUAGACAGGCCCAGCAUGGACUUCCGGGAGGCAGAGGAGGACACUGUGUCACUCUCCAAGUCCACCAGCUUUGCCGAUGUCAUGGAUAUCCUGAAGGACAUGAACCGUAUGAAGAUGAGCAAGGACAGGUACAACAGAGGUUGUACCUCUCUGAGAGAGGAGGACUCAGCCACUCUGAUUUCAGAGGCCCUUAGGAAAAAGUUUACCCUAAAGGAUGAAGACAUUGAUACUGUGCAACGGAAGUAGCUUUGUUCUCCCCUCUGUCCCUGCUUCCUGAUUCUGCUGCUCCAUGUCUUGAUCUGUGGACUGUUUACCCGUGGAGUCCCAACCUUUCUCCACUGACCCUUGCUAACCGCUGUGUACCGGAAGUAUGGCAAAAAUCUUAGUUUCGGAUACUCAAAACCAAAUUUCCCUCCACUGUCCUGGUACCAUAAAAGGGAAAUUGCUUUCUCUUGAGCACCAGUAGAUGGUAUAUUCUCCACUCUGUAUUGAAUUCAGUUGCUCUCUGAAGUAAGCUUGUUCACUGUGAUAGAGGAAUAGUGUGAAAUUCACAUUGGACAAUAAAUUCAACAGACAUGUUUCACUGCUACACCAUAAGCUGUUAUGUCCAACAAGCAUGUUAACUAUGUUGAUAUGAUGAGUUAACUUUGUGGAUAUUUUUUUUUAUUUACAAGCUUAUAAACUUUCAACACAAAGAUACAAAUAAAACUUUCUCUCUCCCUCUUUUUUUUUUUUUUUUUUUUGUCAGGCAAGGCCCCUUACUUGAAAAAUGUGUGAUGUAUAAAGGAGAAUAGUCUGGGCUGCAAACAGUCAUGGCCUGUGGUUUAUUGCCGUUUGUCUGGGAGUAAUUUCAGUAGCUCAACUUUUCAGUUUUGCAAUACAGCACUGAGUUUGCAAAUGUUCUGUGCACCGAAUUGUAUCUGCAGCACUAUUUUUGUGUUCAAAACAACCCUCCUGCGCUUACAAAACCCAAAUCCAUAUUAUGUCUGUUCUUGGUUUUUGAUUUAAAUGUAGCUCCAUACUAAAUGAACAUGACACAGAUUCUCAAAACUCAGACCAAAAAAAAAGCAAGAACAUAAUAUAGCUUGAGGGGUGAAUUGUGUGGUGCAUUAAAGCAUGGGAUAUUUGAGAAAUGAAUCUGAUUAUUGUAAAGUAUGUGUUUCUGAAUAUGUACCCAUUGUGUGCUGUUGUUCGUGUAGCUGAUGAAGACAACGCCAGAGAUAACUCAAACUGGUCUUUUUUAUAUUGGAUGGAUUUUCCAUGUAGUCUGGAGUGUGUGGUUCUUGGUUUUAGGAAGCUGCAACCACCUGUACAAUGUCAUUUGGUUUCAGUGACAUUGCGAAGAGGAAUUUCAUUUAAGGCAGAGAGGACCUCUGAAUUUUUUUGUGUAUUUGCUUUUACAUUUUUUAUGCACCAUUUUCUUCAAUGCCUGGUUAUGACUCUUGUGUGACUCACAUUGUUAAUGAUGAAUACUUCUGUGCAAGCCUUACCACGAACCUACUGCCUGUCCUAGUGCCAGUUUAUAUUCCCAAUUUAUUCAUUGAUUCGAGUGCCAUGAGUUUGAUACCGUCAGUCCAUCCCCUUGCUGUGUCCAAUCGGUCUGUCCCCCCCCCCCCCCCCAGAAUGCAUCCCAUCCUUUGAACACAAACACUGUUAAGUCCCCAAACCUUUCAUUCCACAAGUAUAAAUUAAAUGGCUAAAUACUUUCAGAUCCAGUUAUGUGUAAUUUCUGGGUUCAUGUCAAAAACCAUCACUUCUUCUUGUGUUCUCGUGUUACUUCCUGCUCCAACAUAUCUGGUUAGGAUUAUGUUAGAAUGAUUGAUAAUACUGUAACUCUUGUUUGAAUUAUUAUAUUGAUGCCUAGAUUACAGGAAGACCUUUUUAGUAUAGUUUUGCAGUGUGAAAGAAGUUUUCCCGCUAUGUUAUCUAUCUGGAUUGAACAAUUAUGGUCCCCUCUGCAUCUGCAUGCAUGGGACUUUGUGCUGCCUCUUUUUAGGAUUUGACCUCUGUAUUCUUUGGUCUUCUCAUUAGUCACAUUUCCUCACUGCAGCUGGAAGUGGCAAAGCAAACAUACUUACUCCUGAGCCGUAAAUAUCAAAAUAUCUAGAUAUUGUUCAUUGUGAAAGUUGUAUUUAUUUUCUGUGGAACAACUAGUAACCUACACAGUUCUGGUAAAAUUGGGAAUACAGUGGAUCCAAGUUUGUUUUUGUUUUUUUCCAAUUAGUUUUGAUUUGCAUUUAUGUUGAGCCAGUGCCACCUUUUUGUAAGGUUGAGCCCACCAUCAUGUGUAUGUUUGUGUUCUGCCAUACUAAAGUGUGUUUGUUUUCAUUUGAGUUGUAAAUAAAGAUUGUCCGAAAUUUUGAAAUCUUGACGUACUUUUUGCGCUGUAGUACAACUUGCAUUGAAGUUGGCCAGUGCCUUGGCAUUUCCAUUUUGGCAAUACCACUAAAUAACCAUGGGGUGGCAAUGUAAGAACUAUGCAUAUAUGUGUAUGGAUGGCUAAAUAGAUAAGAGUUUUCAGCGUUCCCCUAUGGAUCUACAGUAUAGUAGCCAGGCUGCACAUAGA